GUUGUGUCAUCUCACAGAAACACUUCCUUGUUUCCAGUAUCACGCAUGUGAUUUUUAUUUAGCAAAUUAUUUUACGUGCCUAAAUAGUUAACGUUUGAUUUCUAGUUAAAGUCAGUUUAGGGUUUUACACUGAAACGUUCACGAUGGGUUUACUGACGAUCUUAAAGAAGAUGAAGCACAAGGAGCGUGAAAUGCGUCUACUAAUGCUGGGUCUUGACAAUGCUGGAAAAACAACCAUCCUAAAGAAAUUCAACGGCGAGGAUGUCAGCACGAUCUCUCCAACAUUAGGCUUCAACAUAAAGACACUCGAGCACAGAGGGUUUAAGCUGAAUAUCUGGGAUGUGGGUGGUCAAAAGUCCUUGAGAUCUUACUGGAGGAAUUAUUUUGAGAGUACAGAUGGACUGGUGUGGGUCGUGGACAGCGCUGACAGAUUGAGACUGGAGGACUGCAGGAAAGAGCUGAGUACUUUAUUACUAGAGGAGCGAUUAGGAGGAGCCACUCUGUUAGUUUUUGCAAACAAGCAGGACCUACCAGGUGCUUUAUCAAAAGAUGGAAUUCGAGAGGUUUUAGCCCUUGAUGACAUUAAGACCCAUCACUGGUGCAUUGUGGGAUGCAGUGCUGUGACUGGGGAGAACCUGCUAACAGGUGUGGACUGGCUACUUGAUGAUAUAGCAGCACGGAUCUUCACAUCUGACUGAUGGACUUUUAACAUUUUGGAGAUGGACAGAAAAAAAAAAAAUUGUUCCUGUUGGACUGAAAGUGCGUUUCAAAUGUUUGAGGAGGUCUAAGUAGCUGUACUACCAACUGUGUUUUUGAGAGCUCACCAAUAAAUCCUGUUUGCUUGAUGGAA